UUCAGUUCAUCAAGAACAACAAGCAGGGAGCUAAUUACUAAUUAGGGUCCUCAUAGCAACCGAACGCAGCCGCUGCUCGCGCAUUUUUCCGUUCUUAAGUUUGUGCGCGUGCGCUCCUCCGCUUUUCUCUCCGAACAGGUUCGACCAGGACACACCUGCACUCAGAGAGAGGAAGUGCUCUACAGCUCGACGCUUCUCUUCACUCCAGCUUUGACCCGUGUGGACGUCGGACGCACAGAAACCCAACAAGGAGACUUUAAUUCUUUCUUUUCUUCUGUUGUCGAUAUCAACAUGAAGAUUUGGAUCGCGCUGUUUGUCGCAGCCUUUGCGGCUGGAGCUUCAGCCCAGACCUGUCAAUGUGAGACUAUGAAGUGGGCCACCUGUGAUGGGACUCCAUGUUCUUGUUAUGUUAUGACUGGUGACAACUACAAACAGCAGUUGGACUGCACCAAAUUGGUCCCCAAGUGCAUUUUGAUGAAGGCAGAGAUGUACAGAGCCAAAAAGGGCCAGGACACUCGUUUAAUGGUAGGAGGAAAGCCAGUGGAGACGGCCUUUGUGGACAACGACGGCAUCUACGACCCCGAGUGCGAGAGUGACGGCAAAUUCAAGGCCAAGCAGUGCAACAACACUGAAGAGUGCUGGUGCGUCAACAGCGCCGGCGUACGUCGAACCGACAAGGGAGACAAGAACCUCAAGUGUGAGAAGCUGGUGGAGACCUUCUGGGUCCGUCUUCAGCUGACUCACAAAGAAUUGACGAAACCUUUGGAUGAGAAACUUCUGAAGACUGCAAUUGCGGAUGCCAUUCACAAGCGUUACAAGAACUUCAACAAAGAUUUGGUGGAUGAAGUCCAGUACGACCCUGAUGCCCGCUUGAUUGUGGCCGAUGUGAAGAAGGCAAAGGGAGAGCGCAAGAGUGACAUUGCCAACAUGGCCUAUUACAUGGAGAAAGAUGUGAAGGUUUUGCCCCUGUUCAAGAACCAGGAUAAGUUUGAGCCAAUGGUGGGGACCCAGAAGCUGGAGAUGGAGAAAAUUCUGGUGUACUAUGUGGAUGAGGAGGCCCCAACUUUCACCAUGAAGAACCUGUCUGGAGGGAUCAUCGCCGUCAUCGUGGUGGUGGUGCUCGCUGUGGUUGCCGGCCUGCUGAUCCUGUUCUUUACCAGAAGGAGACAGAACCAGCGGUACAACAAAGCUCAGCAAAGAGAGAUGGAGGCCAUGUAAAGUCUUCUCUGGUGCGGGAUUUGUCUAACGAAGAGUCGGUUAAUACAUCACCACUGGAUGAUCAUGUUUUGCAGUGUGCCUUUUUUUUUUUUUUACCAUUUACUCGAGCAAUGCCGAUGCUCAUUGGUGACAUUGGCACUACUGAUACCAUCAUUUUAUUUAUGAAUGUUUUCAAAAGUCUUCAUGCGUCAUCCAGUCCCACAUGCCAUAAGGAACUGUGCUUUUUAAAAUAUGCUUGACACAUGCCAUGUUUAAAUGUUAGAAGUUGUCGAAUGGUUUAAAUUUCGUGUAACAGAUUGUACAGUUGCUUUCUUAUUGAUGUGUGUUUGACAGUUUGUUUUUAAUAAAAUGUUUUAAAAGAC